GUGAUGGCAGUAUGGUGCGUGAAGGUUAAUGUUAGCUUGAAUGUUAAUACAGAUAAUUGAACUACUAACUAGGGUUAAAUGCGUUUUACCAGCGGUUACACAGUGCUUAACUAAUUCCUCAGUGACUACAGACUCGGGUCUUGUCUCUGCCCUGUUGAGCAGUCAUGGCCGGUCCGUCCAGCUAUGCCAUACGCAUGGCCAGACUGAGCGCACGGAUCUUCGGGGAAGUGGUGCGUCCCACAGACUCUAAAUCUAUGAAGGUGGUCAGGCUGUUCGAGGAGCCUCCCCUCGCCAAGAGAAAGGAAGUGUACGACUGGUACCCACACCACAAAAUUUACUAUGCUAUGACCCAGAAGCUCAGGUUCAUGGGACUGUUCAGAGAUGAGCACGAAGACUUCAAAGAUGAAAUGUAUCGCCUGAGGAAACUAAGAGGAAAAGGGAAACCAAAGAAGGGAGAGGGGAAGAGAGCGGUCAAGAAGAAAUGAGCUGUAACAUUUCUACUGCUUCAUCUUUUCACAGGACUUAUUUUUUUUCUCUUCUUAUGGAGACACACAGCAGUGGACUGUGUACACUAUCAAUGUGGGGAGCCUGCUAAUCCUGGAAGAACUCAAUCGGUCCAGUCACGACUGUCCAGUUGUUUUGUCUGAAGCUGUACUACGUUGGCAUGAAUAAUACCUUAUGUCAGGAUUACACAUGAAACAUUCUCAUCUAUGUCUGUUGUAUUGAAGUGAAUGCCAUAAUUUUUAUUGUUGAACAUGUAUGAUCUCUUGUGUUUAAGUUGCAAGGGGUGAAACAGUAUGGAGAAAGAAACAGCCAAUCAAAUGCUAACAUAUGUCUUUAGGUUGGAUGCUACAAAGACAACCCUAACUCAGGCGUUGUUAGAUGGUGCUACCUUAACUGUCAGUGGUUGGAAAAUGAUUCAAACAGACAUCUAUCAUGUUUUCAAAAUAAAAAUCAGUGUGAGGAAUGUAUAGUGUUACUAAGUUCUUUCAGCCUGCUGUUCAAAAAUGCUCCAAUAAAACCACAACACAGUACACAGAUGUUGGCAAUGAGUUGUGUAGUGAAUACUGAUGAAGCAUUUUGUCAUCAGUUUGUAUGUACGGUGUCUCACAUCCCAGCUGUGGAACCCUGCGGCUCCCAAGCUCCAGGUCCUAGGAAUAUUCUGACCUGCACUGGGUCACUGUUGACAGUUACAAGGACAGAAAAAUAAAUGAAUGCAA